GUGGCGCUCACCCGCCGCGCCAGAGACCCGGAGGCACCGGUGAUCAACGUGCAAGAAUGGGCGGCCGCGAUGCAGAGACUCCACUUCGUCGACGGCCUCUCUGACAUGGCCAACAAGGUGCUGAACAACUGCGAAGCUCGUACCCGGCACAUCCCCGGCACGCACGAGGUCCGGACGACCAUGCGGCACCAGACGCACUCCUACAGGGUCUCGCACGGGCUCUCCGUCUUCGUGACCUUCUCUCCGUCCGAGCGGGACUCGGCACUCAUGCUCCGCCUGGCCCGUGUCCGCAGGACCGACCCGUCGCUCAUCCACGAUGGCUCGAGAAGCCUUCAGGCCAAAGACAAGCCCGCCUUGGACGUGGAGUUCUUCAGACUGAGCCCGGAAGCCUUGGCCGCCGAGCUGCCGCCCUACGACGAGCGGCGAGCGGCGCUGGCCCGCGACCCGCUCGCCUGCCUCGAGGGCUUCCGCACCCUCGUGCUGCUCACACUCCGGCACAUCUUUGGCGUGCGCUUCUGUCCGCGCUGCCCCGACUGCGCCGUGUCCGACACGCCCUGCACCGAUGCCUUCGGCAGCAAUGCCACCGCCUGCGGCGGGGUGCUGGGGCGAGUCGAUGCCAUCUACGGAUCCAUCGAGCGCAUACGUGCUCUUCUGCAGCGCUACAGUUCCUACACGGCCCACGUCCGCCGCAGCGUGUACUGCGACCCCACCGCGUGGCAGCGGAAGCGUGCCGAAACCGAAGCUGAAUGGCCCGAGUACCGCAGCUCCACCCUGGCCUUGAGCCGCCCGGCGUACCAGAGCGACGCGGCACUCGAUGCAGCGAGCUGGCGGCAGCGCUUCUUGGCAGAGGACGUCGAGCAACUCCAGCAGCUCAAGCAGCACCACGUGCACCUGCCGGAAGCACCAGACGGCCC